AUGCAGAAUAAUGCUGGUGAGUUCAUGGACAUGUACGUGCCACGGAAAUGCUCCAUGAGCAACAGGAUCAUCGGGGCCCAGGACCAUGCGCCCAUCCAGAUGUAUGUGGCUGAGGCUAACAAGGUCACAGGCAGAUUCAAUGGACAAUUUAAAACUUAUGCAAUUUGUGGAGCAAUUCAUAAAAUGGGAGUAUCUGAUUACUCUUUUCUCCGCCUGGCAAAAAAUGAUGGUAUUGUUUCAAAGAAUUUCUAA